GAUCUGCCGAUAGCAUUUUAAUGCUCUGAUUCCGUGUAUAAAAGCGUGUCUUUCUGCUCGAUUGGCUUUCAUUAUUGAAAUAUCAAUCAACAUGAAAAUACUGAAAAUUUUGAUUCUAUUGUUGGUGUUGGUGGCCAUAAAUGAAGCAUCUCAUCACCACCAUCAUUGCAGCCAUUACAGGCAUUCCAGCCAUCACAAGCAUUGCAGAAAACGUCCCAAGCAUUGCCGUUCCACAACAGAGGCACCGCCAGAGCCAGAGCCAGAGCCAGAGCCUGAGCUCCAAACCAUCAAUAAUCCUCCAUCAUCUAAACUUUAUGAAGUCGUGAACAUGGACGCCCGUGGAUUUUGGAAGAGUGGAUAAUAGAGACCUGGAUUCCAGUUCUACUGCAUAAAACAUAACCUAGUACUAGGCUAAGUAUAACACACAUACUAAAGCUUUAAGGGUACAUCAUUAAUAUUAAAGAGCAUUGAUCUUUUACCCCAGCAAUUUGUUUAGUUUCGAUCUGAUCCCUGGACCAGUGCUAUCUCCAGUUAAAUAUAAUGUGCAUAGGUCCGGCUUAUCAGUCCACCAACACCCAUACUACAUCGACAUAUAAUAAUUUCUCUCAGACAUCGCUAUAAAGCAAUCAAUCCCCCUUUGGUGACGACCAGUAUACUUCGGAUCGCAAACCGAGUCUCUUAGAUCCGAGCCAUGGGCCAUUUGAUACGUUGGAGCUGUCUUCUGAUCGUACUGGUAUGUUCUGGUACUCGAGGGGAUGAUGACCAAUACGGCACCGCUGGUCGCCAUUUGUUGGCGAUCUACUCAAAUCCAGAUGUCAAUCGAGCCACAAAGGAAAGGAAUCUUCGGGAGAUGGCACAGUUCUAUGACGCCUAUCAAGAUCAAAUCGGCUUAACCUCAGAGGAAAGACUACGUGCUGAAGAACUGCGAAAGCGAUACACUGAGGCCAUCCAAACUGGCGUCUUGGCGGAGGGUGAAACUUCUCGGGAGGGCACCAUUGGACCCAUUGUUGCCAAGUACAUUGUCGAGGGUGUUGUGGAUCUGGCGAAAGUCGUUGAAAGUCAUAGAAGUUCAUCAGCAAAGGGAAUCGAGAUAAAUCGUAUAAUUACAAUUAUUUUAUUUAUUUUUUGCCUUUUUUCUAGCGGUAUGUUCAGGUCAAAGUAUUUUUAGAUUUUUUGUUUCUUUAAUACAUUUUGUAUAAUAUAUAUACCUAUAUCAAUCAUUAAGCGAAACACAAAGAACCACAAGAUUAAGAAAAUAAUGAAUCACACAGAUAUAAAGAAAUUCGCUGAUAA